CAAACGAAUUAAUUAGAAGAUAGAGAGAGAGAGAGAGAAGGACAGAGAGCGAGAUAAAAUGAGCAGUGGAAGCCGAGUUUUGGUGUGUAAAUCAGUUUCGCUCAUCUUCACCUUCCCUUCCUGUCUUUCUUGCACUCAGCUUAGAUCCAAAUCCAUUGCAGCUCGUGCUUGGUCUCCCGCUGCUUCUGGGCUUUAUCAGCGAAUGGCCGCCGCCGCUUCAUCUUCGCUGUCGUCGGUUAACGCUACUUCCGGCAAUGUGACUGCUUCUUCUUCGGCGGUUGACGACGCAGCUCCUUCUGCUUCCUCUGCCAUUGAUUUCCUCUCUUUAUGUCACCGCCUGAAGACAACAAAGAGAGCAGGAUGGAUACGUAAAGAAGUCAAGGAUCCAGAAUCGAUAGCGGAUCAUAUGUAUCGAAUGGGUUUGAUGGCUCUGAUUGCUUCAGAUAUCCCUGGCGUAGACCGAAACAAGUGUAUAAAAAUGGCCAUUGUUCACGAUAUUGCAGAAGCUAUUGUUGGGGACAUAACCCCAUCAGAUGGUGUUUCAAAAGAAGAAAAGAGUAGACGAGAACGAGAGGCACUUGAUCAUAUGUGUAAAAUGCUAGGUGGAGGAUCUAGAGCAACAGAAAUAGCUGAGUUAUGGAUGGAGUAUGAAGCAAAUUCUUCACCAGAAGCUAAAUUUGUCAAGGACCUAGACAAGGUGGAGAUGAUACUUCAAGCCUUAGAAUAUGAAGAUGUUCCACUAUGCUACAUAUUUGGUGACCACCACAUUCCUUUCUGUAUUUACUAUGGAGAUAUCCUUGUGGCUUUGAUCUACUGGAUUCUGAAAUAUAUUCCCUCAUGGCCAUUUGCAGAGCAGCAGAAGGAUUUGGAUGAAUUUUUCGAGUCAACUGCUGGGAAGUUUCAGACUGAAAUAGGCAAAGCUUGGGCAUUGGAAAUAGUAUCAAGGAGGAAGAAAAAUCAACACCCCAAUUCACAUUGAUGUUUGAUCCAGUUCUUAUGUUCUUAUGGUCAUUGUUGCAAUAAUUGGAAAGCUAGGUGGUUAAGGUUGAAGUUGAAUUCGCACUGAUGUGGUAACAACAGGUCCUUUGCUGGGUGCCCAGGACAUUUGACCGCGCACGAAGCAGCAGGUAGAAGUAAAACUCGAUUUCAUUAGGAGUAGAAUAUCAUCUAACCAUGCAUCCUACGUGUUCCAAUUCUAAGCUUCCUUUGACAUCUUUUAAUACUCUUGACAUUUUUUGGGGCCUGAAGAUACUUGUGAUAGUUCAUGAUCUGAAAAGAAGAUUAUAUUUUUUCUUCUUAU